UUAACCUGUUUGGUUUGACCAUUUUCUGUUUUCAUUUUCAAAGAAAACAGAAAAUAGUUGUGAAAACGUGUUUGAUUAAAAAUUUGAAAAUAUUUUCAGAGAAAAUAUUUCCGAAAAUGGGUCAACUUUUGAAAAUAAAAAAAAGUCGUUUUCACAUUUUCAAUGAAAACGGAAACGAAAUGAUGAAAACACGCGGUGGCAGGGUUGUAAUUAUAAUGAAAUUGGUUUCUUUCUUUUCUUUUCGUUCUGAAGGAAGAAAGUGUGUGCCGGCCCUAACCUCUGCAAGUUCUUCUCUGCUACCUCCUUCAUCCCACAACCAAGAUGGGAGGAAAAACUGAGAAGGGGGAGAGCAUGGAAUGGACAACCCAAAACACAAAGAUAUUCAUUGAUAUUAUUUAUGAUCGAGUGAAAAAAGGGCAGCUGCAAGGGUCUACAUUUAAGAAAACAAUAUGGGAAGAAAUAAACAUUGAGUUGCAAAAGACAAGUGGAGCACCCCUACCUGAUGGUGUAGAAAGGCUGAAGGGAAAGUUUAAUCGGCUACGCCUUCAACAUCGUGAAUUUUCAACUUUGAUAUCUCGCACAGGAGUUACAUGGGAUCCUGAGGCUAACAAAGUGAAUUCUCCUGAAGAAGUAUGGGAAGAGAUGUACAAGAAAGGAAAAUUCUACAAGCAGUUUAAGAAACAUGGAUUUGAGCAUGACUAUUAUAUCCUUGGUGAGAUAUUUAAUUCUAGUACAGCAACUGGAAAGUUAAGUCAAGCUUCUACUCAAGAGCCACCAAACUCCGAUGAAGAGAGAGAAAUAGAGGAAGACUUUCUCUCAACAGGUGUUCAUAUUGAUUCUAAAGUUAUUGAUGUUGAUGGAGAGGAUCUGCAAGAAGUUAGUAAAAGGAGAAAAGUCACUGGGACUUCUAGUGAAGGUCGUCGUAAGGAAGCAAAAAAUUCAAGGCUGGAUGUGUUAGAAUCAGCAGUGACCAAAUGGUCUAACGCAAUGGAUGCAUUAAAUUAUUAGAUUCCAUGGAUGGUAUUUCCCCAAAAGUUUUCAGCAUUGCCGUGGAGAAGUUUACAAAUAAGGAUUUGAGAAAAAUGUUUAUAGCAAUGUCUUCAAUUAGGAAAAUGGAUUGGCUAGCAUCUCUUGAGUAGUAUCAUUUAAUUGAUUCUAAUUUUAUGUUAUUUUGUUUAUGAGAUUGAAGAUCGGAUUUUCUUGUUU